AUGCCGCUCCCUCCGCCUUUGCGGAAACGGCGGGCCCCGGCCGUCCUCGGCUUCCUCGCCCUCCUCGCCUGCCUCGGCGCGUCCGCUGCCGGCUUCGCCUCGCUGGCGCCGGCGUGGUGGCGCCGGGGCCGCGCCAAGCGCCCGGGCAGCGUGGCGGAGGCGGAGCUCUUAGCGCAGCUGGCGCUGCGGCUGCAGCCCAAAGCUGAGCUCAAGGAGCUGUUCCGGCGCUUCCCGUCGCCGGAGCCGGACCUGGCGAUGCACGGGGUUCUGAAAGACCCAGAAGCCGCGCUCUUCGUGGAGUACGACGGGUAUUGGAGGCAUGCGGAAGAGGAGGGGGUCGCCUUGGACACUGCAAAAAACGCGGCGCUGCUGGCAUACGCGCCUGAGGGAUCCUACGUGGUUCGUAUCAACCAUGCUGCGCUCGAGGAGGUGCAGCCGCAGGAAAACGUGCUGUGGCUCACAGUGGGCACUUGGCGCAGCGGCGACCAAGCGUCGCUCCUGGCGACGCUGGAGGACCUCAUACGAUAUGAUAUUGGAGAACAUUGGAACAAAGUGGUCUUGGUGAGUCUGAGCAUUGAAGAACAGCUGGAUCCGAUGCUGCUGUGGUUGGAGGAGCAAGGCUUGAGCAAGGACCAGCUUGCAAAGGUCAUUUUUCGCUUUCCGCAAAUCCUGGGUUGCAGCAUCGAGCAGAACUUGAAGCCUACAGCUGAUUGGAUCCUUGGCUUGGGCUUGAGCCAGGACCAGCUUGCAAAGGUCGUGGCAGUUUUCCCUACCAUUUUGGGUUAUAGCAUUGAGCAGAAUUUAAAGCCUACAACUGAUUGGAUUCUUGGCUUGGGCUUGAGCAAGGCCCAGCUUUCAAAGGUCGUGGCUGGCUCUCCGCAAGUCUUGGGUUGCAGCAUCGAGCAGAACUUGCAGCCUACAGCUGAUUGGAUUGUUGGCUUGGGCUUGAACCAGGCCCAGCUUGCAAAGGUCGUGGCUGGCUAUCCACAAAUCCUGGGUUACAGCAUCGAGCAGAACUUGAAGCCUACAGCUGAUUGGAUCCUUGGCUUGGGCUUGAGUCAGGCCCAGCUGGCAAAGGUUGUGGCCAGCAACCCGCAAAUCCUGGGUUGCAGCAUCGAGCAGAACUUGAAGCCUACAGCUGAUUGGAUUCUUGGCUUGGGCUUGAACCAGGCCCAGCUUGCAAAGGUCGUGGCUGGCUAUCCACAAAUCCUGGGUUACAGCAUCGAGCAGAACCUGAAGCCUACAGCUGGUUGGAUCCUUGGCUUGGGCUUGAGUCAGGCCCAGCUUGCAAAGGUUGUGGCCAGCAACCCGCAAAUCCUGGGUUACAGCAUUGAGCAGAACUUGAAGCCUACAGCUGAUUGGAUCCUUGGCUUGGGCUUGAGUCAGGCCCAGCUGGCAAAGGUUGUGGCCAGCAAGCCGCAAAUCCUGGGUUGCAGCAUCGAGCAGAACUUGAAGCCUACAGCUGAUUGGAUUCUUGGCUUGGGCUUGAACCAGGCCCAGCUUGCAAAGGUCGUGGCUGGCUAUCCACAAAUCCUGGGUUACAGCAUCGAGCAGAACUUGAAGCCUACAGCUGAUUGGAUCCUUGGCUUGGGCUUGAGCAAGGCCCAGCUUGCAAAGGUCGUGGCUGGCUCUCCGCAAGUCUUGGGUUGCAGCAUUGAGCAGAACUUGCAGCCUACGACUGAUUGGAUCCUUGGCUUGGGCUUGAGCCAGGCCCAGCUUGCAAAGAUCGUGGCCAGCAAACCGCAAAUUCUGGGUUACAGCAUCGAGCAGAACUUGAAGCCUACGGCAGACUGGAUUCUUGGCUUGGGCUUGAGCCAGGUUUGCGGGCCAGCCCGAGCCAUGCCGCUCCCUCCGCCUUUGCGGAAACGGCGGGCCCCGGCCGUCCUCGCCCUCCUCGCCUGCCUCGGCGCGUCCGUCGCCUCGGCGGCGCCGGCGUGGUGGCGCCGGGGCCGCGCCAAGCGCCCGGGCAGCGUGGCGGAGGCGGAGCUCUUGGCGCAGCUGGCGGUGCGGCUGCAGCCCAAAGCCGAGCUCAAGGAGCUGUUCCGGCGCUUCCCGUCGCCGGAGAAUUGGGGCGGGAACUACCUGGAGCCGGAUCUGGCGAUGUACGGGGUGCUGAAAGACCCGGAGGCCGCGCUCUUCGUGGAGUACGACGGGUAUUGGAGGCAUGCGGAAGAGGAGGGGGUUGCCUUGGACUCCGCGAAAAACGCCGCGCUGCUGGCAUACGCGCCUGAGGGAUCCUAUGUGGUGCGUAUCAACCAUGCUGCGCUUGAGGACGUGCAGCCGCAGGAAAGAGUGCUGUGGCUCACAGUGGGCACUUGGCGCAGCGGCGACCAAGCGUCGCUCCUGGCGACGCUGGAAGAGCUCAUGCGACAGAUCUAUGUUGGUAUGCGAGGCGUCCUUCGUGGGAGUGUUUGGAGACGGCAAGCGGCGGAACGAGGUGCGGAACUGUCGGUCAGCGCACGGGAUUUUGCAAGUUCAGGAGUCACGCAGGGCAACACCACGGAAGAGAUAGAAUGCUUUCUGGCAGUCCGGGGCUUUGGCAUUGGAGAAGAUUGUUGGAGCAAAGUCGUGUUGGCGGGUCUCAGCAUUGAAGAGCAGCUGGAUCCGAUGCUGUUGUGGUUGGAGGAGCGAGGCAUGAGCAAGGUCCAAAUUAAGAAAGUCUUGGCUGGACAACCGCGCAUUUUUAGAUUAACCCCCGGGGACAGGUUGACACCUAACGCAGACUGGCUGCUUGGCUCGGGUUUGAGCCAGGCCCAGCUUGCAAAGGUCGUGGCUGGCUUUCCGCAAGUUUUGGGUUACAGCAUCGAGCAGAACUUGAAGCCCACGGCAGACUGGCUGCUUGGUUUGGGCUUGAGCCAGUCCCAGCUUGCAAAGGUUGUGGCCAGCAAGCCGCAAAUUCUGGGUUACAGCAUUGAGCAGAACUUGAAGCCUACGACUGAUUGGAUUCUUGGCUUGGGCUUGAGCCAGGCCCAGCUUGCAAAGGUCGUGGCUGCUUUCCCUUCCAUUUUGGGAUUGAGCAUCGAGCAGAACUUGAAGCCUACAACUGGUUGGAUUCUUGGCUUGGGCUUGAGCCAGGCCCAGCUUGCAAAGGUCGUGUCUGCUUUCCCUUCCAUUUUGGGUUGCAGCAUUGAGCAGAACUUGCAGCUUACAGCUGAUUGGAUCCUUGGCUUGGGCUUGAGUCAGGCCCAGCUGGCAAAGGUUGUGGCCAGCAACCCGCAAAUCCUGGGUUACAGCAUCGAGCAGAACUUGAAGCCUACAGCUGAUUGGAUCCUUGGCUUGGGCUUGAGCAAGGCCCAGCUUGCAAAGGUCGUGGCUGGCUCUCCGCAAGUCUUGGGUUGCAGCAUUGAGCAGAACUUGCAGCCUACAGCUGAUUGGAUUCUUGGCUUGGGCUUGAGCCAGGCCCAGCUUGCAAAGGUCGUGGCUGCUUUCCCUUCCAUUUUGGGAUUGAGCAUCGAGCAGAACUUGAAGCCUACAACUGGUUGGAUUCUUGGCUUGGGCUUGAGCCAGGCCCAGCUUGCAAAGGUCGUGUCUGCUUUCCCUUCCAUUUUGGGUUGCAGCAUUGAGCAGAACUUGCAGCCUACGACUGAUUGGAUUCUUGGCUUGGGCUUGAGCCAGGCCCAGCUUGCAAAGGUCGUGGCCAGCAAGCCGCAAAUUCUGGGUUGCAGCAUCGAGCAGAACUUGAAGCCUACAACUGAUUGGAUUCUUGGCUUGGGCUUGAGCCAGUCCCAACUGGCAAAGGUCGUGGCUGGCCAUCCGCAAGUUUUGGGUUACAGCAUCGAGCAGAAUUUGAAGCCUACAACUGGUUGGAUUCUUGGCUUGGGCUUGAGCCAGGCCCAGCUUGCAAAGGUCGUGUCUGCUUUCCCUUCCAUUUUGGGUUGCAGCAUUGAGCAGAACUUGCAGCCUACGACUGAUUGGAUUCUUGGCUUGGGCUUGAGCCAGGCCCAGCUUGCAAAGGUCGUGGCCAGCAAGCCGCAAAUUCUGGGUUACAGCAUCGAGCAGAACUUGAAGCCUACAACUGAUUGGAUUCUUGGCUUGGGCUUGAGCCAGUCCCAACUGGCAAAGGUCGUGGCUGGCCAUCCGCAAGUUUUGGGUUACAGCAUCGAGCAGAACUUGAAGCCUACAACUGAUUGGAUUCUUGGCUUGGGCUUGAGCCAGGCCCAGCUUGCAAAGGUUGUGUCUGCUUUCCCUUCCAUUUUGGGUUGCAGCAUUGAGCAGAACUUGCAGCCUACGACUGAUUGGAUUCUUGGCUUGGGCUUGAGCCAGGCCCAGCUUGCAAGGGUUGUGGCUGGCUUCCCUGCCAUUUUGGGUUACAGCAUUGAGCAGAACUUGAAGCCCACAGCAGGUUGGCUGCUUGGCUUGGGUUUGAGCCAGGCCAAGCUUGCAAGGGUUGUGGCUGGCUUCCCGCAGGUUUUGGGCUUAAGCAUUGAGCAGAACUUGAAACCCAAACUUAAGUUGCUUGGCUUGAAUUUUUCAGAAUUGGCCGUCUUAGUGCUGAUUGCCAACUGUCCGCGCGUAUUCUCUUACAGCUAUGAACGCCUGGCAAGGCGGCUGGCAGUUCUGUCAGCAGUCAACAUGACGGCAAAGCUGCCAUCAGCCUUAUCGCGGACCGAAUCCGAAUUCCUUCGACAAUAUGGCGGGGAUGCCAAACAGUUGCUGCUCGCAGGCUUUGUGGAGCACUUCAUGGGGGCUGGGGAUUUGAAACUCAGGUGUUGGGGACGCUUGGUAAAAUCAAGCGACGCAUUCAAAAGAGAUCCCGCAAGUGGGGGCCUUUGCCCUCCCAUGUAUUGUUUUUGUUUUUUUUGCAUGGUUGCUGUUUUUUUGUCGCGUGUGGUGGGGCAGUCUUUCCUUCCGCAAAUUCGACGCCAUGUGUUGGCAUAG